AUGGCUUCUGAUCUAAAAGCCUUGUAUCGAAUCUGGUCGCUUAUCUUACUUUUGUUAGUCUCCACUCUGGCUAUCACAUGACCAGAUGGGAGCUAUGAUAAUUCAGGAGUCUGAGAACCUUGUCACUCCUCUUGAUUUACAUGAGAAAAUGGCACUGAAUGACUGACAUGAGAUGAACAAACAUUAAAUCUCUCAUCUAAGCUGUGAGAGUACUGUCCUGAAGGUGAAUACUUUGAUACUCCAAGUCAGAUUUGUAGAAGCUGCGGAGAUAGCUGACUGGAUAAAUGAGCAUACCAAACUUCAUGAUUCCAGUGCCCUACAGGUGAAGUUCUUAACUUGUCUACUCUCACUUGAAUACCCGCAUGUAGUAGCGUUCAAAUCAAAAUUAAGGAUGCACAUUUCCAAAACAUUCCUUUUUGUCGGGAUAAUGAGUAUUAUGUUGACCCCUCAAGCAUGAAAAUUAUUGAGUUGGGAACUGAAAAGUAUCCAUAUAAAAGUAUCAAUCUGGUAUUCGUGGAGCUGCUUAACAUUAGAUCUCACUCGGAAGACUCCAUUACGAUUUUCUUAAAAGAGAACACCAUUGUAAAUAUUGAGAAGGGGUACAAUUACAUUGCUAAUAUUUCAUCAGUGAAAAUAGAAAGCUAUGGUUCAUCUAGCCAGUCAGGAAGAGCUACUCUCUAUGUAAGGCAGAGCGCAGUUGAGAUGUUCAAUUCUCAGACAUUGUUUAACCUAGUAGUCAAUCGAACUUUAAACAUCUUUCCUAAAAUAAAUGUGGCAGGAGUAAGUUCUGGUGAAAUUUCGAUACUACAAUCCCUAGACACUUGUAUCUUCAUCUGGAGGUCGAACUUUACUAUGAAUAAUGUAAACAUUCGGGGAGACAUUGCUAAUGAUUUCAAUAUUAGGUCUUACUUCUUAAGGCCUAUUUAUUUACAAAAGAAGUCUGUCUCUCUUCAUAAUCUUGAUGUACAGCUAACAGGGUAUUUCUUAAUUACAACAGACCCCUUAACUAUGGAUUUGCUCAAUAUUUACAUUGAUUUUCAUGCUAUGAUGGGAGGAUUUUGGAUGAACAUUAACUGUAAUUACCCAGAAGCUUACUUAGAAGGCAAGAUUACUUCUAAAAAUAUCACUGCUGUAAACCCAGUUGACAGAGUAGCUCCCUUUAGAGUCCCUUUAUUCGUCACUUCUGGGCCUGAAGAUAUCUAUCUCGAGGAUACUAAUCUUUUAAUAUGGGGCUCUCUGAACGAGGACAGAGCUCCCAUUGAAACUACUGUGACUUCAGAUUGAAUGCCAGAUGAUGAUAAAGACAAUACUUUUACCUUUGUUGGAACUAAAAUGACUUUGACUGACAAUCCUGGAGAGGAUAAAUUCAUCAAUCAAUAUGUUGAUAUAGUUCAAAAUGCAUACAGAAAAUUUAUUGUGAGCUAUAUUUCCAAUGAAUUCACAAAUAUGUACAGAAUGUCUUAUCCAAGCAUUCUGGUAUAUUCGAAUCCAAUGACUGAGGUAUCUUUAGUGAACUCCACUUUCACAAAUGUUACAACAAUUAACGGAGGUAUCAUGGUUACCCUUAUAAAAAGCAUCCUCAUUGAAAAUGUUAUUUUCAAAGAUUGAGAUGAGUUUACCUUUGCUACAAUAAAUUUACUAGAAGCUGACUCUUUGACCAUUAAAAACUUAACACAUCAGAAUGUAAGUGGCAUAGGUAGUUCUUUUGAAAGGUAUGUCCGCAUUAAAAUGAACUCAGGAGGAAUAGUUGACCUCAAAUCCGUCAACUUUCUAAACUGUGAUAUCAAGCUUAGGCCUGCCGUUUACUUAGAAGGAGCUGUUGCAAAGUUACAAUUGAAGCACUCUAAUUUUGAAAAUGUCAAAGUCGGAACGUCUAAUUCAAUUAUUGUUGCACAAGAUGUGAGCACUCUUGAGUUUGAAAAUUGCACGUUCACAAGUAUUACCUCUUCCAUACCAAAUGAUGAAGAUAAUUUGAUAUUCAAUAUCCAAAAUCUUGAUCUUGACUCUGCUGAAAACUCGACUAUUUCUGUGAUCACUGUAAGAUCUUCACAGAUAAGUUUCUUGAGUUUUAACUCAAUACAAGGCAUUCUAUCAUCAGCAGUGCAUAUUGGGUUUAGCUCGUUAACCUUUGAGGAUUGUGCUUUCACUUCUUCAAUUUCAAUGCUGUCUUUAGGGGGUUUAGAGACAAAGGAGGAAAUAUCAUUCUCUUUCACUGGACUCACUUACCAAAAUAUCAGCUUUAUUUCUCAAGGGAAUUUGAUGAAGUUUCAGCAUCAGAUGAACACGCCAGUGGCUAUAACAAAUUCUACUUUCACUAACAUCUCUGCUGGAAAUAUUCAUAUAGAAUCUGCUAAUAAAAAUAAUCAGGAGUUAACUACCAGGGUUGCAUUCUCAAGCUGAACAUUUUCUCAGAUUGAUGACAACUACGGAUCACUCAUGGAAGUCUAUGAAGGUGCAAGAGUCACCAUUGAAGAUUCUAAUUUUCAAGAAAUUUACACACUUGAAGAAGGAGCAGUGAUCUUUGCAGGCAACAGAAAAGCCCAAAUUGAGAUAAGAAAUUCAACUUUCAGAGAGAAUUCUGCUGUAACUGGAGGUGUUUUUAAUAUUGAGAGCAGCAGUGUGAUCAAAGUUUACGAUUCACUGUUUUCGAAUAAUUUUGCUGUCCAAGCAUGAGUGAUUUAUGCUGUGAACUUUGGAUCUUUUGAAAUAUACAAUACCACAGUGACUCAAAAUAAUGCAGUAGCCAAUUCUUUUGCACGAAUAUUUGAUGCUCCUACUACCUCAAUUAUCAAUAAUUCUACUAUAUAUGAGAAUAAUGGAUUAACUUCUGAAGAAGUAACAUCUGAAUUAACAAUUGCAUGUUCUAAGCUAUGAUUCCUAUCAGAGAAGUUCAAAGCUUAUCUCCUUGCUAACCCUAAUGUUUACUCAAUAGUCUCUUCAUCCUAUGUGAUACAGGUUAUUAUCGGAGCCCUGGAAAUCAACAAUUUCAGCAAUUUUUACCAUGAUUCUGAAAUCUUGGAUGUCUCUGAUUCAACUCUCACUAUUCAAAAUAUGGACUUCCACAACUUGUCAGAAGUGCACAAUGUAAUAAAAGUGUCAUCUUCAACUGUGAGCAUGGAUACAGUCAAAUUCUACGAAAUAGAAUCAGCAACUUCUUCAACCACUCCACUCAUAAGAUUUGCAUACGAGUGUGUUCUGACUCUGAAUAACCUUGAGUAUUAUAACUCUAGUGCGGCUUUCUUAUCAAUAUCAGCCUCAUUAGGGAAUAUUUCAAUGUUAAGCUUCCAUGAGGUCCAUGUUAAUACUUCAAAUCCUCGCCCAAUAAUAGAGCUAGAUGGGAACACAGAGAUGCUGAUUUUAGAUUGGUAUGUUGUAAACACUUCAACAAGUUCCGAAUAUUUAGUAACUUCCGAUCAUAAUUCUGUGGUUUCAAUUAAGAACAUGACCUUCACUGGGAUAAGACAAAGCCCGAUUUCUUUUUCAAGUUGUACCAUUGGAACUAUGGAUCAAAUUAAUAUUAAUAGCUGUUCAAGAGGAAUCGUACUUUUGCAAAGCUCAUUCAGUCAGAUUACUAACUCGAGUUUUAAUGAAUUAGGCUCUAGCUCGAUUCAAUCAGGAGGAGCAAUCUUCAUAAAAGACUGUAAUGGCUCUAUCAGUGAUAGUAAUUUUAUGAGUAACACUGCCAUUACAGGAGCAGCUAUUGACUUUUCUUGCUCGUUGACUUCUGUAUGUCAGAGUAGUCUCAUCAACAACACUUUCACAGAUAAUAAAGCAGUUAGCAAAGGAGGGGCUUUACAUUAUGAUAUGUUUAGACCAAUCCUGCAAGAUAAUACUUUUCUGUAUAAUUCUGCUCCUUACGGACCGGACAUUGCUAGCUAUCCUAUACAAAUUAAGAAGAAAGGUACCAAAGGAGGUACUCUAUUCCUAUCAGACGUUGGAAGUGGAAUUAAAUAUCAGAAUACUCUUACAUUUGCUUUUUAUGACCAUGAUGAACAAAUACUAUCUCUGGACUCUUCAUCUCAAAUCACAAUUUCAGGGAACUCCACUGGGAGUAGUGUACUUGGAGUAAAAGCAGUGAAGGUCACCUCUGGAGAAGCUAUCUUUGAUGAUCUACAGUUUAUCUCUGCGCCAGGAGCUCAAACUGUCCUAUAUGAUAUUGAAUCUGGAGGGCUUGAUCUCCAAAAACUCAAAAUUGUGUAUGGAGAUACUUACCAGCAAGAGAAGAUUUCUGUUAAUUUUAGAUACUGACAGCCAGGUGAACAUAAUACAACCAGCUGCGAAGAAUGUUCCCCUGGAACUUAUUCAUUUACUUGGAAUUCAACUCAAUGCCUAAAAUGUAUUGAAGAUGCUACUUGUGAGGGUGGGAAAGAAGUCUCAAUAAACCCUGGGUAUUGGAGAAAACACACUAACUCAACUGAUAUCACUGAGUGACCAAACAAAGAUGCAUGCAAUGGAGGAUUUUCAGAGACUGACAGAUUCCCAGUAAACUGAGCUGCAGGAUAUCAAGGAUAUCUAUGUACACAAUGAAUUUCUGAUGAUCAAAGUAGAUAUGGACAAGUUGAUUCCUUUGUUUGAGAGAAAUGCCCUGAACCAAUACUUAAUGCUUUAAGAGUGAUAGGAAUUUCUACGGCUGUUAUCAUCUUUCUUUGUCUCCUCAUAUUCAUGAACAUUCGCAAAAAGGAUGAGAGCCAGAAAUCCAUACUAAUGAGGAUCCUCACUAAUCACCUCCAAUUAACCACCCUAACAUUUGCUUACAACAUGAAGUUCCCUGAUAUAUUCCUAGACCUUCUCUCUCCCCUCUCAAGAGUAAAUUCUUCUUCACAAUCGAUUGUAUCUUUUGACUGUUUCGCCUCUGAGUCACAACUAAAGCUAUUUACACCAUCAAUUGCUAUUCUAAAAGUUGGCUUAUCUGCUUUGUCACCAUUAAUACUCUUAUCAGGCUGUUUGAUAUUUUUCCUAAUUUGACAUUCCCUUUUCCCAAGAUACUUCUCUGAUUUUAAAAGGAAUAUGGUGGUAUCGAUCAUUUCGAUAGUCUAUUUCUUACACCCAACAAUCUCGACGUCCGCAUUUGGUAUUUUUCAGUGAAUAGAGGUUGGAGAAGGCGAGAGUAGGAUGAGACUAGACCUUAAUAUCGGUUGUUACUCUUCAGACCACCUCAUUUGGGCCUUCUCUCUAGGAUUACCUAUGAUCAUUGUUUGGGUCAUAGGAGCACCUCUUUUGGCACUCAGGAUUUUGUACAAGCACAGAACAAGUCUUCGUGAACUACAAACUAAGAGGUAUCUUAUUGUCAUGUACCAGGGGUUUAAAGAGAAAUAUUACUAUUGGGAGAUACUCAACAUGGCAAGAAAGAUCCUUCUACUUGGAAUCAAUGUGUUUCUGCCAGAAAGCUCAACUACAGCUAAAGGAGGACUUGCAAUAAUUAUAGUAUGCUUUUUAUACAGGCUACAAAUACAGUGUUAUCCUUUCAAGAUGAUUCAUAACAAUAAUCUUGAGCUGACCUCAUCCGUAGCAACUGGUGUGACCUUGACUGCUGGUUUAAUUUUUGCUAGUGAUGAGACCCACGACAUUCUUGAUUUCUGAAUAUUCAUCUUCAUAUGAAUCUUAAACUUAAAGUUCUUCCUGAACUGGACUUAUCUGAUGCUAAUUGAGUGAGAGAGCUCUAUGACAUGCCUAAAGAAAAUAACUAUCGUACUAGGUGCAAUUCUAAAUAAGAGGAGGGAGAACUACCUUCCCUCCGAUGCAAAAGCCAAUAUAAUCGAUAAGAGAGUCAAAAUUCAUUUCAAGAGUAGAAAAAGGCAUAAUAAAAAGAGACUUCAUAACAAAAAGGGUAAAGCCAAAAUCAGGAAGAAAAACAAAAAGAUUAUGAUCAAUGAUUCAUUCUCAGAUGUUGACCUUGUUAUGGCUAAGAGGCAGAGAGAAGAACAUUGAAAUAUUAAUGAAGAAAGACAGGAUAUGGAAGAUAACAAACGAAAUAGAAGGAGGAGGUCUCAAAUGAGUAUGCUAAAACAAACAAAAAAUGUUGAAGUCUUUCAGAAUACUUCUUUAAUAGGAAUCAAGAAUCUGUUAGCGAGGAACACCCAAAAGGCAUCAAUUGAGAUAUCUAAGCAAAUACCAGAGCAAAAAUAUCAAAGGAAUAUCAAUGCAUGGGACAAAAAUGAAGGGAUAGAGGAUUUGGGCAGUUAUGAGAAAGGACAGAAUAUGUAUGAAGAAACCAAGUACAAAGGGGAUCAAAAUUCAGAAGAGAAUAAGCAUAAUGAAAAUAAUAGGGAUGAAGAAGAGAAAAUUUUAGCUAAGAUGCUAAUCAAUAACAUUGCCACGAAGAGUAUAAAAUCGAAUAGAAACUUUCAUAAAGAAAAAAUGUUAAAAAUCGAUGAGAGCAAAAAGUAUAAGAUUAUGAACAAAAAGCUGAAGAAGGAUAAAUAUAAACCACCCCUACCCACAUACCAGGUGCAAAUAAAGUCCAUCAUCCCACUCGACUUCCCCUCUAACCCCUCUUCCCGCACUCCAAAAUUCCCUCCUGAUCCAAAACACCCCUCUAGCUUUCCGCCUUAACCCCUAAAACCUCUAGUAACUCAAGCUGAGCUUAAAAUUUUA